AUGACUCGUUCUUCUCAUUCAGGAGAAUUACAAUACAUUCCUGAAAUUGAGAAACUUGCGAAGCAACUAAGGAAGGAAACAAAGCAAAGAAAUAGCUCAUCGAGCUAUGAAGAAGUAAAUUCAACCUGUUAUCCAAUAAACGAGGAGGUUGUAAGUAAAAUGGCCGAACAAAACAAUAGAACACUUAGGGAAUUAGCUACACCGGAUCUAAACCAACAACCUCUAUGUAUAACAGUACCGAAUCUUGAGGUUGAUUUUGCUUUAAAAUCUGGUUUGAUUCAUUUACUCCCUAUUUUCCGAGGUUUGGUUGGUGAAGACCCACAUAAACACUUGAAAGAGUUUCAAGUUGUUUGUGCAGGUAUGAAGCCAUGUGGGGUGACUGAUGAGCACAUAACUCUUAGAGCUUUUCCAUUUUCAUUAAAGGAUAAAGCAAAAGAUUGGCUCUAUAAUAUUCCCCCUGAGUUAGUUACUACGUGGAAUGAUGUGAAAAAGUUAUUUCUAGAAAAAUUCUUUCUUGCAUCUAAGGCGACUAAUAUAAGGAAGGAAAUAUAUGGGAUAAGGCAAUGUACAGGGGAAACAUUGUUUGAGUAUUGGGAAAGGUUCAAAGGGUUGUGUUCUAGUUGUCCACACCAUCAAAUCUCAGAACAACACCUAAUACAAUAUUUCUAUGAAGGGUUGUUACCUAUGGAUAGCAGUAUGGCGGAUGCAGCCAGCGGUGGUUCAUUGGUUGACAAGACACCCACGGAUGCUAGACAACUAAUAUCAACCAUGGCAGAAAACUCUCAACAAUAUGGGACACGAGCGGAUGGGUCAAUCCGUAGAGUUAAUGAGGUAAGUUCUUCUCAACUUGAAAAUAAAAUUUCAGAUUUAACUACUCUUGUGCGUCAAAUGGCUGUAGGGCAAAUGCAAUCCACAGGAGCAUGUGGAAUAUGUUCAUUUGUCGGACAUCCCACAGACAUGUGCCCGACAUUGCAAAAUCCAAGUCAAGAGUUGAAUGCAAUCGGGGGAUUCUCUGGUCAACCUAAUCGAAAAUAUGAUCCAUUUUCAAACCAGUACAAUCCCGGAUGGAGAGAUCAUCCAAACUUGAGUUAUGGGAAUCAAGGGGUGCAACCAAGGUUUCAGAAUCAGAAUUUCAGACAAUUCCAAGCACCUCAACAAUCUCAACCCCAAGCUUCAAAUUCUGGUAUGUCUUUAGAUGAAAUUGUUAAAGCACUUGCUAAUAACACUCAACAGUUUCAACAAGAAACACGGGCAGGUAGUCAACAAUUGGGUAAUCAAAUUUCCCAAUUAGCCACUUUUGUUAGCAAGUUGGAAGCUCAAGCUUCGAGGAAAUUACCAUCACAAACGGAGGUGAACCCCAAGGAAAAUGUGAGUGCAAUCACAUUGAGAAGUGGUAAGCAACUUCAGCCAGAAUCCUCAUUACCAGUGGAAGAGGAAAAAGAAGAAAAAUCAAAGGAGGAAAAAGAGUUUAUAGCCAAUGAAAAUUCCAAGGUAAGUUCUGAAUCCUCUGUUGGUCAAUGUAAUUUAUCUCUACCCCCUUUUCCUUCAAGGUUAGCAAAAUCAAAAGAAGAAGAACACGAAAAUCAAAUUCUGGAAACCUUUAGAAAGGUGGAAAUCAACAUCCCCUUGCUAGAAGCCAUAAAGCAAAUUCCCAAGUAUGCAAAGUUUCUAAAAGAACUUUGUACCAAUAAGAGGAAGUUGAAGAGCAAGGAGAAAAUCAUAUUGGGUAAGAAUGUUUCAGCCAUGAUAAGCAAUGAUCUUCCUAGAAAGUGCAAGUAUCCAGAAACUAGUGUAGUUGUUCAAUUAGCUGAUCGUUCUUGUGUGCACCCUAGUGUAGUUGUUCAAUUAGCUGAUCGUUCUUGUGUGCACCCAAUUGUAGUUGUUCAAUUAGCUGAUCGUUCUUGUGUGCACCCAAUUGGAGUUGUUCAAUUAGCUGAUCGUUCUUGUGUGCACCCAAUUGGAGUUGUAGAGAGGAUGUUUUAG